UGGAAGUUCCCAGUUCAACACAAGGGAGAGCUCACGAUUUGGGCGGCAUUGCUAGAGCCUCUAGAUAAAGCUUCCAGACUCUGUAACUACCUGUAUCUUUAAAGAGCAAUAGACUGUGAAGGAAGACUUGUCACUUGGAGAAGAAGUAACCAAAACUUUGGUAAUUCCUACCAAUUCUCAACCUACCAAGGUGGCCUGGAUGUCUUAAACUGAAGUGUGGCAGAUUCGUUCUACUCUUGCUUCUGCUAAACCUGCCAUUUACUCCAUCCUUUAUAGUGAUGCUACAGGACGGAGAGGAAUGGAUAAAAACAUUGGUGAGCAACUCAAUAAAGCUUAUGAAGCCUUUCGACAGGCAUGCAUGGAUAGAGAUUCUGCAGUAAAAGAACUACAGCAAAAGCAGACUGAGAACUAUGAGCAGAGAAUACGUGAGCAACAGGAACAGCUGUCACUUCAACAAACUAUUAUUGACAAGCUAAAAUUACAGUUACUUCUUGUGAAUUCCAGUCGAGGUUUUUGUCUUACAGAUAACAGUUAUGGUUAUGUUCCCCUGCUUGAAGACAGUGAAGCAAGGAAGAAUAAUUUGACUCUUGAUGCGCCACUUGAUAAAGUAAAAUCAGGAAUACCAAGAGAAAAAGAAUCAAAGGUAAGAAGACAAGAGGUUUCUUCUCCUAGAAAAGAAACUUCACCAAGGAGUCUUGGCAUUCCUUUAUUCCAUGAAAGGGGUUAUAUAGAGAAGACUUUUUGUGAUCUGAAAGAAGAAUUUCAUAGAAUAUGCAUGCUAGCAAAAGCCCAAAAAGACCACUUAAGCAAACUUAAUGUACCAGUCACUGCAACUGAAACACAGUGCUCUGUGCCUGUACAGUGUACAGAUAAAACAGAUAAACAAGAAGUGCUGUUUAAGCCUCAGGCUAAAGAUGAUAUAAAUAGAGGUGCACCAUGCAUCACAUCUGUCACACCGAGAGGAGUGGGCCAAGAUGAGGAAGACACCUCUUUUGAAUCACUUUCUAAAUUGAACAUCAAGUUUCCACCUAUGGACAGUGACUCUACUUUCUUACAUAGCACUGCAGAAAGACCCAACGUCCUUGGUCCUGCCACAUCUGAGGCCGUGUGCCAGGAUAAAUUUAAUGUGGAGUUCAGAGACAACCCGGGAAACUUUGUUAAAACAGAAGAAACCUUAUUUGAAAUUCAGGGAAUUGACCCCAUAGCUUCAGCUAUACAAAACCUUAAAACAACUGACAAAACAAAACCCUCAAAUCCUGUAAACACUUGUAUCAGGACAGCUCUGGAUAGAGCUCCGUGUUUGCCACCUGGAGAUCAUAAUGCAUUAUAUGUAAAUACAUUCCCACUUCAGGACCCGUCUGAUGCAUCUUUUCCUUCACUCGAUUCCCCUGGAAAAGCCAUCCGAGGACCACAGCAGCCCGUUUGGAAGCCCUUUCCUCAUCAAGACAGUGACUUAUCAUCGGUACUCAGUGGCACGGGCGCAGAACUGCAUAUACCUCGAGUAUGUGAAUUCUGUCAAGCAGUUUUCCCACCAUCCAUUACAUCCAGGGGGGAUUUCCUCCGGCAUCUUAAUUCACACUUUAAUGGGGAGACUUAAGACGCAUUUGAAAACAGACACACCAAGUUCUGUGUGAUGAUUUGGGGUUUGUAAUACUAUAAAUACUUGAUUGCAAACUUAGUUCAGGAUCAUUUAUUGAAGAAUCUACUGUCAGACCUAUUUUAAUUUUUUCUAAACGUAUACUGUAACUUUUAUUAUCUUUUAAAGGAUCAUUCUGUACAAAACUGCAAUUCAUUGUAUUCAUGUUUACAGUGUUUACCACCAUAAUUCAAAAUUUAUGUAUGUGACUUAUGGAAUUAUAGAAUCAUAAUUUAUCUUUGUUUCAAAUAUCUAAGCUUAUUGCUUGGAUUUCUAGUUAGAUCUAUUGAAUUUGGUGAUGUCAAAUGUUUAUAGAGUUUUUUCAUAUAAAAAUUUAGGUUAUUUAUGCUAUAGGUGAUGUUCUUUUUGAAUAAACCUCUAAUAGAGAAUAGCAGACAACAUAAAAAUCUAAGUAGAUACCAAACCUAAGACAUUUGUUGCCCAGUGAUAAAAUCACUGGUAGAAUAUUUAAACACUUUAGAUUUUUUAAAAUAAUAUACAUGGUUUUAAUUUUUACUAUGUGUAUAGCUACAUGACAAAAUGAGUUAAAUAUUAAAAAGUUACUUCUGUUGUGAUUAUUAAUGUGGUCUUUGUUCCUGAGUAAAAAAAUAAAUCACAUUUUUGAGAAGUUUAUAAAA